AUGCUGAUCUUGGUUCUUAAUGCUCCUCUACUCGCCGGUGACUGCCCAGUUCUCCCCACCAUCAUCCUGCCAGCCAUGACGGCCACCCCCGCCACCUAUCUGCUCCUACGGGAUCGAGUUGAGGCCAUUCGGCUCGAGUCGCAACAUCUCUUAUGGCAACUCCAUACCGGAUAUCUCCUACACCCAGACAUUCCUCUCCAGGAUGGCAUGGCAAUUGCAGAUAUCGGGGCCGGGACUGGACUCUGGGCCACAGAAGUAGCCUCUCAGCUUCCUCCUAAUGCUCGGGUCUCCGCCUUUGACAUUGCCGACACGCACUUUCCACCCAAGGAAUAUUGGCCAGCCAACGUGAGCUUUGAUCAGCUCGACUCCAUGAGUGACGUCCCAUCGUCUUUGAUCGGUCAAUUCGACGUGGUUCAUCUGCGCAUGUGGGCGUUCAUUAUCCGGGACAAUGACCCAAGUCCACUCAUCCGCCAUGCCGCCAAACUACUAAAACCCGGCGGUUAUCUCCAAUGGGAGGAUGCCCGUUUCGGCAGUACGGUAGUACACGGAAAGGCCGCGCAGCAAAUGCGGACCUUCAUGAGCAGCAUGACUGCUAUCUCGAAGCAUAAUUUUCAAUGGCUCGACAAUCUCGACCAACACGUCUCCCGCGCUGAAGCAUCCCUCAACAUCAUAGAUUGCCAAUACAAAGAAUGGGCGCCCAGACUAAUCCCCCACUGCAUGGAUACCUUCCUUGUAGCGCUUGAAAACAGCGGAGCCGUAUUGGACCGCAUGAAGCAGAUUGCCCCGUCGGUUCCUAGUCAGGAGGAAUGGAUCAAUGCGUUAGCGACGUUGCAUGGAGAGAUUCGGGGCCCGGAGGGGGGGAAGUUGUAUUGGUUACCGGUGACGUUGCUGGCCAGGAAGGUUGAGUGA